CAUGGCGGCCAUCGAGAGCCUCAACCUGAGCGGCUGCUACAACCUCACUGACAACGGGCUGGGCCACGCCUUCGUGGCCGAGAUCGGCUCCCUGCGCUCGCUCAACCUGAGCCUGUGCAAGCAGAUCACAGACAGCAGCCUGGGCCGCAUUGCCCAGUACCUCAAGGGCCUAGAGGUGCUGGAGCUGGGCGGCUGCAGCAACAUCACCAACACGGGGCUGCUGCUCAUCGCCUGGGGGCUACAGCGCCUCAAGAGCCUCAACCUGCGCUCCUGCCGCCACCUCUCGGAUGUGGGCAUUGGGCACCUGGCGGGCAUGACGCGCAGCGCGGCCGAGGGCUGUCUGGGCCUGGAGCAGCUCACGCUGCAGGACUGCCAGAAGCUGAGCGACCUGUCGCUCAAGCACCUGGCCCGGGGGCUGGCCCGGCUGCGCCAGCUCAACCUCAGCUUCUGUGGCGGCAUCUCAGACGCCGGGCUGCUGCACCUGUCGCACAUGAGCAGCCUGCGCAGCCUCAACCUGCGCUCCUGCGACAACAUCAGCGACACGGGCAUCAUGCACCUGGCCAUGGGCAGCCUGCGCCUCUCCGGCCUUGACGUCUCCUUCUGCGACAAGGUGGGCGACCAGAGCCUGGCCUACAUCGCCCAGGGACUGGACGGCCUGCGCUCCCUCUCCCUCUGCUCCUGCCACAUCAGUGACGAGGGCAUCAACCGCAUGGUGCGCCAGAUGCACGGCCUCCGCACCCUCAACAUUGGCCAGUGCGUCCGCAUCACCGACAAGGGCCUGGAGCUCAUUGCCGAGCACCUCAGCCAGCUCACCGGCAUCGACCUCUAUGGCUGCACCCGCAUCACCAAGCGGGGCCUGGAGCGCAUCACCCAGCUGCCCUGCCUCAAGGUGCUCAACCUGGGACUCUGGCAAAUGACUGAGAGCGAGAAGGUCAGGUGAGACGAGGGGGCACCCGAGACCUCCACCCCCUCUAGAGGGACUCACUGACUGCUGCAAUGGAGGAGAGAGAGGGGCACGCACAGAGCCAUGCUACCCGCUGCCCCAGCACCAGAGGGAGGGACGGAGAGAGUACCCCUGUCCUACGCCACCUGCCUGUGGCUGCGCUGGCCGGGAGGCAGGAGAGAGAAUGCCUGUCCCUUCUGUGCCCUGCCAUGCCCCUGGGUUUCUACUUGGGAUGCAGUGUCCAUGUCCCUCCCCUCCCCCCACUCCCUCUUCAUCGUCCUGCCUUGGCAUAGGAGAUAGAGGCCCACAAUCUUAUGCACUGGGGCUGAAGAUACCCGUCUUUACCCAUGACCCCCUGAGUCCAUCCCCUUGUGCACUAGGGAUGGAUAAAGACAGACCCUCCCCCAUCCUUAUUUAUCCCCAGUCCAGCUACAUUUUGGGGACUGGAAACAUUUUGCAGACGCGGGGGUGGAAUUGGAGGUGGGAACAGGCCUCUCUUCUCUCCCUGCCUCCCCCUCAAUAGAAAAAGAAAAAAAAAGCUUACUAGCGCCACCUCCCAUGUCCAGCUAUCCCCUCCUUCUCUCCUAGGGACACCGACCACCUGCUCAGACCAUUCCACCUUUGCCUGUUCCCCCCCAGUCAUCUGGAGACAGCCACAGAAGCACCCUCCUCACAUGCACUCAUUCCAUUCACUUCAGUCAGGCCCCCGGCUCCAGUCUCCCCUCCUGUACUGGGGGUGGAUAAUCUCCCGCCAUUCCAGUUCUUCCGUGCUUUGGGAACAGAGAAAAGUUAUACCAGGGGCAUGGGGACGCACCUCGGUGUCACCCUGGGAGAGAAAACCGAGACACUCCCUUCUUUUCCCAUCUCCUUGCACUGGGGAUGAAAACCCAGUUUCCUUCUAUUCUGUUCCUUCUUCCCCACCUUCAGAGCUCCCAGCUUUUGGAAGGCCCGAGUCACCUUAGCCACACAUCUUCCCUUUCAUUAUUCUCUCUCUUCCUUUUUCUUGGCAGUGGGAAUAAAGACAUAUCCAGCCACAUAUCCAUUCCUUUUUGGAUUGGGGUGAGCAGGUAGAAGGUGACUAGCACCUACCUGCCCAGGGGACUUAAGGAAGAAUCUCCAGCUUCACUUUUGCUUUCAUUUGAGAUACUGUGACCUGUUUUUAUUUUGAAAUGCCUAAAAAAAAGUAACUACUACAAAAACAGCCUCUUACUCCCCCACCACUCCCCUUGCUUAUGUCCUGUAACUGAUCCCAGUUUUCCUCAUCCAUUCUCCUCUCUUUACAGUAUUCAUUUUCUUACAUGGUUUUAUUUUUAAAGACAUUUGAAGUUGCUGUUCUUGUGGAUUUUUAAGUACAUUUUUUUCUGCUGAAUAUAUUCUAUAUAUAUAAAUAUAUAUAUGAUGUCUGGCUACCUCGUUUUAAUUUGUUACUUUUUUUCUCAAAAGCCCUGGAAUUCUUACAGGAAAGAGAUUUUGAGACAAACAUUUUUGUGCCUAGACUGGAAAAAUGCCCCUUGGGUUUGUAUUUUUUUUUUUUUUUAAGCUUUCCCUCCCACCUUCACUUUCUGGCUGUGCCUCUCACUCCUUCUCCAGCUGGGCUUGGGGACCCCACUGUGCUUCUGUGUUUCUUCUUUUUGUUUGUUUGUUUGUUUUUGGAAACUCUCCUAGCACAAACACGUGUAACACAUGAGCAUCCAUCCAAGGAUUGGGCUACUGUUAAAAGAAAUGUGUGAAAUGCGAGUUCAGUUCUUAAAUAUAUAGAGACCUAUAUAUGCAAAUAUUUCCCCCCUCCCUUUCAAAUCACCUACAAAAAUGGUCACUGUGUGAGGCUUCCUGUUUUUAAAUGGAGAGAGGAGCAGAGCAGGCCUGCAGGCCCUGAGGUUGUAAUGUGAAGGGGAGGAGACAGAUGAACUUCAGUCUUAUCUCUGUUCUGCCAAUAAAAUGGAGCUGGUUCUUUAGAUUUUUUUAAUUAUUAUUAUUAUUAUUAUAAUUAUUAUUAUUAUAAUUUUAAAGAGGAAGAAUACAAGAUUAAUUUUUGAAGAAAAAUUCCUUGGCUUUUUUCCCCUUCCCCCCACCCGGUUGUUGUUCAGAUCCUCAAAUCCUCCACAGUAACAGGCCAGACCAUGGAGUUAAAGCAAACCCAGAGACCCCUAUGGAUUAAUUGUACUGUUUGUGAAUUUGUAUAAAAAAUAACAAAGAUCCUCUUAAAACAUUUUAUAUUCUUACAGUAAAAGGUUAAACUGAUAUUUAUAUAAUAAAAGAGGAAAUAUGAAGUAUGUUUUUGAAAAAAA